UUUCCCAUACCUUCUUCACAUCCACAACUCUUCGCAACAAUGUCACUCUCAAAAUUAAAUUAUACUACCACCGCUCUCUUCCUCCUCCUCCUCAUCCAUUACGCCGCUGCUGUGGCUCCUCCGAACCCCGACCUCCGCCCCCUCUUCCUCUUAAAAUCCGCCGCCGACCCCGACAACGCCGUCCUCACCUCGUGGAACGCCUCCACCGAUCUAUGCACCGCCUCCUGGCUCGGCGUGACCUGCCUCCACAGCCGCGUCUCCCGCCUAAUCCUUGAAAACCUCGGCCUCCGCGGCAGCCUCCCCCCGCGGUCCCUCUCCUCCCUCACCCAGCUCCGCGUCCUCAGCCUCAAGCAAAACCACUUCUCCGGCCAAAUCCCCGACCUCUCCAACCUCACCGCCCUCAAGCUCCUCUUCCUCUCCCACAACCGCUUCUCCGGCCCCUUCCCCUCCUCCCUCACCUCUCUCCCCGGCCUCUACCGCCUCGACCUCUCCCACAACAGCUUCACCGGCUCCAUACCCGCCUCCCUAAACGGGCUGACCCGUCUGCUCACGUUGCGGCUAGAUGGUAACGGGUUCUCGGGUCCGCUCCCGGGUUUGGUAAUACUCAACCUGCAUGAUUUCAGCGUGUCUGGAAACGGGCUGGCGGGUCGGAUACCCGACUCACUUUCGGCUUACCCGCCCUCCUCGUUUUCAAACAACCGGGCUUUAUGCGGCCCGCCUUUGAAAAACUGCGCCAGCCCGAAUACAACCGUUUCCUCCUCCCCGACCGGAAUGGUCGCGGAAAUAAAGCCCGGCGAUAACCAGCGAGGGAAAUUCGGGUCGCUGGCGAUAAUCGGAAUAAUAAUCGGCGAUAUCUUGGUUUUAGGACUGGUUUCCAUGCUUCUCUACUGCUAUUUCUGGAGAAAUUACGCUAACGAGCUGGAUUCCUCGCCGUCGGGGAAGAGCAGCGAGAAGAUGGCCUAUUCGUCGAGCCCGUACCCGUACCCGAACCCGGCCCAAUCGUGCCAUGAGAAGGGGCAGAUGGUGUUUUUUGAGGGGGCGAGGAGGUUUGAGCUGGAGGAUUUGCUGAGGGCGUCGGCGGAGAUGCUCGGAAAAGGUGGAUUGGGGACGGCGUACAAAGCGGUUUUGGACGACGGCAAUGUGGUGGCGGUGAAGCGGCUGAAGGAUUUGGGGGCCACCGGAAAAAAGGAAUUCGAGCAGCAAAUGGAGGUGUUGGGAAAGCUGAAGCAUCCUAAUUUGGUGGAACUCAAAGCUUAUUACUUUGCCAAAGAUGAAAAAUUGUUGGUCUAUGAUUACAUGCCUAAUGGAAACCUUUUCUGGCUUCUCCACGGAAACAGAGGGCCGGGAAGAAGGCCGGUAGAUUGGGCAACACGGUUAAAAAUUGCAGCCGGCGCCGCGCGAGGCCUCGCCUUCAUCCACAACACCUGCAAAUCUCUGAGGCUCGUCCACGGCAACAUCAAAUCCACAAACAUACUCAUCGAUGCAGACGGCAACGCGAGAGUAUCCGACACCGGCCUCGCCGCUCUCUCGGGGAACCCGAAGCCGAACGGCUACCGCCCCUCGGAGGCCUCGGAAGGGCGGAAGCUGACGCAGAAGUGCGACGUGUACGCGUUCGGGGUGCUGUUGCUGGAGCUGCUGACGGGGAAGUGCCCGGGGAUGGUGGAGAGCGGGGCGUCGGAGCUGCCGAGGUGGGUGCAGUCGGUGGUGAGGGAGGAGUGGACGGCGGAGGUGUUUGAUUUGGAGCUGAUGAGGUAUAAGGAUAUUGAGGAGGAGAUGGUGGGGCUGCUGCAGAUUGGGUUGGCUUGUGCGCAGGCUUCGCCGGAGCAUAGGCCUAAGAUGGGGUAUGUUGUCAAGAUGAUUGACGAAUUGCGACGGGGGACGGCGGAGGAUUCUCACGAUGCGUUGCCGAGUGAGUGAUGGAAGUUUUUGUUUUCAACUUUCUUUGUAAGAUUUUGAAUGUUUCAUAAGUAGUUUCAUUUGUGAGAGCUAUUCACUUAAAUAGCUAAGAGGGUUGUUGAGAUUUGAGAAUGAAUUGAAUUUAAGGGGUU